AUGAAGAUCAUCAACAUCAUUUUCCUCUUCUUCUUCUCCUUCUUCUUAAUUGUAAAUGGACAAGAAUUGGUCCAAGAAGUGAGAUGGACAUUAAGCAAUGGUGGUAAUAACCAUGUCUAUAGUUUGUACCAAAACACUAAUGCAAACAUAUCACAACCAAAUGCUCAAACCUUUUGCAAAGAAUUAGAUCUUUACAAUACCAUUUAUUUGGCAACUAUAAACUCAAAGCUAGAGUUUGAUUUCAUUAAAGACCAAUUCCUAAGGGGAUUGUCUGGAGCAACCAGAGUUUGGAUUGGAGGUCAAGACCAAAACAAAGAUGGUCGAUGGAAAUAUUCUGUUGGAAAUGAAGUUGAUCAACCUUUAUUUAAUACAUUCUCAAGUCAAUGUUUUGGAUUUUGUUUAUUUCAUCAAGUUCAACCUUCAUUUGGACAAUAUUUAUCAAAACCUUAUUUACAGGUAAGGGGUGGACCGAGUAGCUGGAGAUAUUUUGGUGAGAGUUCAACAACAUCUUCUCCAACACCUUACUUUUUGUGUGAGACCAAUACUGCACAAGAUGAAUUGUUUGUGACUAGUACUGGUACUCUAGGUGGAACGGUUUCCAUUACCAAUGGGUUUAGAUAUGAUGUUGAAUCAGCCAUGGUCACAUUUAUAAAUACCGUUACAAACAAGGAGAUACCAUGUACUAAUCUACAAUCCGGUAAUGGGUAUCAUGAAUGUACAGUACCUCCAUUAUCAGGUUACUUUAACGUUAAAGUAAAUGAUAGUACUAGUACAGGUAUGGGUUCAAGUAUCCAUUAUAAUUGGCAACCUUAUCCACCAUACAUUAGAGCUGUUUAUCCUGCUAGAAACAAAGGUGACUUGGUGACAGUGAUUGGAGAAAAUUUCGGAAAUGAUAUUACUAAAAUCAAAUUAAAUGUUUCAAUGACUUAUAUUAGUAGUUCAGAUUAUGGUAUUAUAUGUACACCAAUAACACCAUUCUUUUCAGGUGGUGAAGAAGGAAUCCUCACAAGUUUCACUUGUCGAUUAGAAGCAAAUCUUGGAUCUAAAAAUUUCCUCUCUAUUGCCAUCUCUGUCUCUGGUGUACUUAGUUUUAAUUCAAAACCUUUAAUUUAUUGUGUUGAUAGAUUUUAUUCACCUGCUUAUUAUACUGGUACUUAUAACUAUUCAAGAGAUUGGAUCGACCAAGAAAUGCAAUUAUUGGGGUCUGAUCAACCAGGUUAUAUCGGUGUCAUUGAUAGUCAAGCACUUUACAAAUGUUUGGUUGAUACUAUUUCAAGACAUGAAAUUGACAAUGACUACCAUUUGUGGUUGACUUCUGGUACUGGAUUCUUCAACUCAAACCAAAGUUAUACAAUGAAUGAUGGUCCAUUUAAAGGUCAAAAAACAUCAUUGUUUAUUAAACCUACAACUCAAACAUUGACAAACUUGGUUUGUUAUAAUUUUGAUGCCCAAACCAUUAAUUUCCCAACCGAUACUGCGUUUGUAGCUGCACCAUUCAUUGCUUUUGGUGGUGGGAAUCCUUCACCAAUCAUUCAAGAUGUUGUCUAUUUCAGGAAUGAGAGUGUACUCUCUAUAUCAGGUCUAUACUUUGGAACUGAUAUUUCAUUUGUAUCAAUUAAUGUUGCAGACAGGAUUUGUACCAAUCCAACCUUUGAAAAUACCGACACAUCCAUCUUGUGUAAACUCGAUCCUUCUGAUGAGCUGGAUAUUUACUCAAGUUUGAAUGUUAGUGUCAAAUCAUACCAUUUGUCCUCAACUCUACGUGUCAACCUUCAAAGAAAUUGUCCAAAGGAUUGCUCUGGACAUGGAAUAUGUGACAAAGACUAUGGUUGGUGUAAUUGUGAUACUGGAUAUGACUCGACUGUAGAUUGUUCAGUUCUAGUGGUUGACCCAUCCCAAACAUUGUACAACUCGUCGAUUGAAGAUAACGGUCUGACCAUUCUAUCAUCAAAACUAGAAAACACAGUUAGUUUUACAUCUGGCAUCAAGUAUAUUCGUGAAAUGACACAUGAUGGAAUACAAGUACGAGUGUUGGAGGUAGACAAGAUGCAAUUUGCCAAGCAAGAGAUUGUUGGUCAAAACACAACACAAUUUACUGGCGCUACAGGAGACGGUCUAUUUUUGAAAAUCAAUGUUCAACAAUUUCAAGAAGGAUCAAAGACUCGAUUCGCAGAUGAAGAUAUUCAAGUAUCACCAAACUCUGUAAAAUACAACAUUCAAAUUAGAAAGUGGGCUUGGCAAUCACCUUUGAAUGUUUUACAGAUUAUAUUUGUUUCACAGUCAUCUGACAAUAUCCAAAAAGAUAAAUGUGGUAGAGAUUUGAUUCGAUUAGAAUCAUCACAAUUGGAGGAGGAUGGUGACAGUAGUAGUAGUAGUAGUAUUUAUUGGACAAAGAUAGAAGUUGGAAGAUCAAUGUUGAAUAGUAAAUUUGCAAGUAAAAUGAUUGUAGAUGAUAAAUACUUUGUUAAAUCAAAAGUAUUGAUACUUGACAAAUCUGUAACUGAUCAACUAGAGAAAACAAUCUCUAGUGAUCAACAGAGUGGCACUGUAUUUAUAGCAAUGGAAACACCAUAUUUCCAAAAUGUCAUUGAAUUGGAUCCAGCAUUCAAUGCAUUGGUAGUUGGUGAUAAAGAUGCAAAUAACUUUGACGACAAUGACGAUGGCGAUUGUGAAGAUGGAUUUGCCAAAUGGAAGAUUAUCGCUAUUACAGUGACAUGUGGUACUGCACUCAUAUCUUUGAUCAUCGGUGGUUACUUGCUCACUCGAAAAUGGAUUAAAUUAAAAUUGGCCGAAAGAUUAAACCCAAGUAUCAUCAAUAUAAGAAUGUCUAAUAGAUUCAGUAGAAAAAGAGUCUCUGAUCAAAUCACUAUUUCAACUUUUUUAAAGAGUGAUCAUGAAGAUCUUCAUCAAAUCAACAACAAUCUAUUUAUCAUUUACUUCUUCUCCUUCUUCUUCUUUUUAUUUUUGACAAUUGUAAAUGGACAAGCACAACUGGAAAAGCAAGUGACAUGGACAUCGAGUAGUGGUGGUAAUAACCAUGUCUAUAGAUUGUACAAAAGAAAUGCUAAAAUAUCACAACCAGAUGCUCAAGCCUUUUGCAGACAAUUAGAUCUUUACAAUACCAUUUAUUUGACAACUAUAAACUCUAAAUUAGAGUUUGAUUUCAUUAAGGACCAAUUAUUGAUGGGUCUGUCAGACGGUCCUUUGGUUUGGAUUGGAGGUCAAGACCAAAACAAUGAUGGUCAAUGGAAAUAUUCUGUUGGAAUGAAGCUGAUCAACCUUUAUUUAAUACAUUCUCAGGUCAAUGUUUUGGUAUUUCAACCUGCAUUUACACAAAAUGAAAUAAGGUCCUAUGUCACUGUUAGGGGUGGUGUCCAACAAUGGAGAUAUUUUGCACAGAAAACUAUUACUUCUUAUCCAGUCAUUUACUUUAUUUGUGAAGAAGAUACUGCACAAGAUGAAUUAUAUGUGACUAGUAGUAAUGUUGGUACUCAAGGUGGAACGGUUUCAAUUACCAAUGGGUUUAGAUAUAAUGUUGAAUCGGCUAGGAUCACAUUUAUAGAUACCGUUACAAAUAAGGAGAUACCAUGUACUAAUCUACGAUUGGGAGAUAAUGGUAACGGGUAUCCUGAAUGUACAGUACCUCCAUUAUCAGGUCACUUUAAUGUUAAAGUAAAUGAUAGUACUAGUACAAGUAUAUAUUAUAAUUGGCAUCCUAAUCCACCAUACAUUAGAGCUGUUUAUCCUGCUCGAAACAAAGGUGACUUGGUGACAGUGAUCGGAGACAAUUUCGGAAAUGAUAUAAGUAAAAUCAAGAUUAAUGUAUCUUUGACUUAUAUCUAUUAUAAUAACUCUUAUGGUAUUAUAUGUACACCAAUAACUCCAAUCUAUUCAGGGGGUGGAGGAGCAGGUAUCCUUACAGGUUUCACUUGUCGAUUAGAGGAAGAUCUUGGAACUAGAAAAUUCCUCUCCAUCGCCAUCUCUGUUUCAGGUGUAUUUAGUUUUAAUUCAAAACCUUUAAUUUAUUGUGUUGAUAGAUUUUAUUCACCUACAUAUUUUAAUGGGACCUAUCAAUAUACAAAGGAAUUGGUCGAUCAAAAGAUGCAAUUAUUGGGGUCUGAUCAACCAGGUUAUAUCGGUGUCAUAGAUAGUCAAGCACUUUACAAAUGUUUGGUUGAUACUAUUUCAAGACAUGAAAUUGACAAUGACUAUAAUCUUUGGGUGACUCCUGGUACUGGGUUCAACAGUUCAGAUCAAACCUAUACAAUGAAUGAUGGUCCUUUUAAAGGUCAAAAAACAUCAUUGUUUAUCAACCAAACAACUCAACCAGCUCAACCAAUGACAAACUUGGAUUUCCACCACCAAAAGCAAUUAAUGGUGAAGCUAUACAUUUUCCACCAAAGUAAGAUUAACAUAAGAAUCAGUCGAAAAAGUACAAAACCAUCAAAUAAUAAUAAUAAUAAUAAUAAUAAUAAUAAUAAUAAUAAUAAUAAUAAUAAUAAUAAUAAUAAUAAUAAUAAUAAUAAUAAUAAUAAUAAUAAUAAUAAUAAUAACAAUAAUGCCAUGGGAGUGAAUAAUCCAUAA